GACGCGCGGACGCCGCCCAGGACCUGGACAGGAAAGCGAACGACCUCGUGCGGCUCGCGUUGUUCCACGAGCAGAGGCGUAUGCCGCUGCGGAGGGAAGAAAUAUCGAAGAAAGUCAUGGGCUCCAAGUCGCGUCGGUUUGCAGAGGUGUACAUGCGUGCACAGGCAACGUUACGAAAAACGUUCUCCAUGGAGCUCAUCGAGCUGCAAAAUCGCGUGGAAGAGAGGGAGCCACCUAAGGAUGCGCAGCAAAGGGACAAGAAGGAUAAGAAGGACGUGACCGGGCUGAAGAAGAAAGCUGCUCCGACGGGAACGAAGACGUACAUUCUCCGGUCGACCCUCGAUCCCAGACUCAUUAAAAUUGCGGCAUCCGCAGACCCAGACAUCCUGCGGAUCGAGCAAGCAGACCUCGCGAUCGACGAAGAGCAUGCCAGAGAUGAAGAUGAUGUCGUGUCGCAGCCCACUGGUGCGAUCCUUGCCUGGGAGAACGCAGAUACACUAGGGACUGUCGGCCUCCUAUACGUGAUCUUGUCAUUGAUCCUGGUACACGGACGCAACCUGCCCGACAACGACCUGAAGGCCUAUCUGCGUCGGUUACGGCUCAAUCAGAACACGCCCAUCCCGACGAACGCACGGCUGCCACAUGCGGCACCAACGUUGGAGGCGUUCUUGUGGCAGUGUGUGCGGCAGGGCUACCUGGACCUGCAGCGGCUCGGCGACGCGAAGGGCGGACCGAAAAAGCGCGGGCGUGCGCCCGCAGCGACCCAGGUCGGGAACGGCGGCGACGAGGCGGUCGUGUACGAGUGGCGCUGGGGCCCUCGUGCGCAGGCUGAGGUCGGUGAGCAGGAUGUUGCGCGGUUCGUCGCGGACUUCAUGGUCGAGCGGGCGCGUCAUGAAGCGGCUGGUGGAGACACGGAUGAGGACGAGGACGCCGGAGAGACGGCUGAGGUUAAGAAGAUGAGGGAGAGGACGAUGGGCGGGAUCGAGCGAGCAGCGGGCGGGAACUUGGCCGUGCUGGUAUGAGGAAGGGUGGGAUAUCAUGAUGCGAGUGCUGAUGUAUCGUGCAUUUCAAGCUGUAUUCUAUGUCAUCAAGUAGUGAGUUAUGUUACGAGGUCACUCAU